AUGCCUAUUUUUUUACCUUCUUUCACAAAGCUUGUUGGACUUGCGGUUCUCGGAUUUUCUGUCUACGUCUCACAAGAACCUGAAGCGCAAGACAUAAUCCGUGCAUCUGGUCAAUAUUUGGCCGUACAGAUAAUUCUAUACGCCUUAAUGGGAAUUGGUGGUAUCACCUUGAUUACUGCUCUCUUCGGGUGCUGUGGAGCUUACCACGAAUCACAAUGCCUAUUGGCUGCUUACUUCACCAUUCUUAUGGUCAUUUUUGUCACCCAGGUUACAGGUGCCACACUUGGCUAUGUGUACAGAGAGGAUAUCAUGAAAUACACCGACCAACAGCUCAUGGAUGGCGUGGAGGAGUAUGCCAUGCUUCGAGAUCAACGUGAAAAUCCGUCACCUUUUAUGGAUAAUAUACAACGCAUACUUGAAUGUUGCGGCGUCAACGGCUAUACUGACUAUCGAGAAAGUAUUCCUAUUGCCUGUUGCGAUCGUCGCCGGAGCAAUUGUGAUGAAUUGCAACUUACCCCAGCUGACGUGUACGCCGAUGGUUGUAAAGACAAAUAUAAACGACUUUUCAAGGACAAGUUGGUUGUCCUGUUUCUCAUCGCCGUUUCAGUGGCGGCAUUCGAAAUCUUCUGUCUUCUGUUCUCCAUGGUAAUGUGUUGUGCCAUCCGACAGUACCACUCUGACUACUACGGAGUCGACUAUGCGAUAGCCACAUGA